ACCCUGCAUUCACUAUAUCUGGUCACCCACAGUCCACACAAUGUGGAGUUGCAAUUCCAGGACUAUGCAUUCACUAUAUCUGGUCCCCCCGGACCCUGCAUUCACUAUAUCUGGUCUCCCCGGACCCUGCAUUCACUAUAUCUGGUCCCCCCGGACCCUGCAUUCACUAUAUCUGGUCCCCCCCGGACCCUGCAUUCACUAUAUCUGGUCUCCCCGGACCCUGCAUUCACUAUAUCUGGUCUCCCCGGACCCUGCAUUCACUAUAUCUGGUCUCCACUCGGACCCCCGGACCCUGCAUUCACUAUAUCUGGUCUCCUCGGACCCUGCAUUCACCGGUACCCCCGGUCCCUGCAUUCACUAUAUCUGGUCCCCCCGGACCCUGCAUUCACUAUAUCUGGUCUCCCCGGACCCUGCAUUCACUAUAUCUGGUACCCCCGGUCCCUGCAUCCCUGGUCAUUCAUUAUAUCUGGUCUCC